AUGGCUGCGAGUGUCGCGUCCAAACGGCUGUUUCAAGAGUACAAGCAGCUGCUGACCGCCCCGCCCGACGGCAUCACGGCUGGACCGGUGAACGAAGACGAUUUAUUUGUGUGGGAGGCUUUGAUUCAAGGACCUGAAGAGACGCCGUUCGAAGGCGGCAUUUUCCCUGCAACCUUGACGUUCCCGAAGGAUUACCCACUCAACCCGCCUAAGAUGAAGUUUCUGGGGGAUAUCUGGCACCCUAAUGUUUACAGCAAUGGCGAAGUCUGCAUAUCGAUUCUGCACCCACCUGGCGAUGACCCUAACCACUAUGAGAGUGCCUCCGAACGAUGGUCGCCCAUACAGAGCGUGGAGAAGAUUCUAAUCUCGGUCAUGAGCAUGCUAGCCGAGCCCAAUGAUGAAUCGCCCGCAAACGUCGAAGCCGCGAAGAUGUGGCGGGAUAGGCGGCCUGAGUUUGAGAAAAGAGUGCGUGACGGAGUCAGAAGGUCGCUUGGGCUUUGA